GAAUGCAGGGUCCGGGGAGACCGGAUAUAGUGAGUGCAGGGUCCGUGGAGACCAGAUAUAGUGAAUGCAGGGUCCAGGGAGAGCGGAUAUAGUGAAUGCAGGGUCCAGGGAGACCAGAUAUAGUGAAUGCAGGGUCCGGGGAGACCAGAUAUAGUGAAUGCAGGGUUCGGGGAGACCAGAUAUAGUGAAUGCAGGGACCGGGGAGACCAGAUAUAGUGAAUGCAGGGUCCGGGGAGACCGGAUAUUGUGAAUGCAGGGGUCCGGGGAGACCAGAUAUAGUGAAUGCAGGGUCCGGGGAGACCAGAUAUAGUGAAUGCAGGGUCCGGGGAGACCAGGAUAUAGUGAAUGCAGGGUCCGGGGAGACCAGAUAUAGUGAAUGCAGGGUCCGGGGAGACCAGAUAUAGUGAAUGCAGGGUCCGGGGAGACCGGAUAUAGUGAAUGCAGGGUCCGGGGAGACCGGAUAUAGUGAAUGCAGGGUCCGGGGAGAGCAGAUAUAGUGAAUGCAGGGUCCGGGGAGACCAGAUAUAGUGAAUGCA